ACCAGACAGGAGUUUGUGGCAGAAGGAGAAACAGCUGCUAGCAGGAAAAAUGUCUGCGCUGCCUGAUGGAAAGAAACUGGUCCGGAGCCCCAGCGGUCUGCGCAUGGUGCCCGAAAACGGAGCCUUUCACAGCCCCUUCUCCCUGAACGAGCCGCAGUGGGUCCCCGAUAAAGAGUGUGCGAGAUGUAUGCAGUGUGAUACCAAGUUCGACUUCAUCAGAAGAAAGCACCACUGCCGGCGGUGCGGCCGGUGUUUCUGUGAUAAGUGCUGCAGUAAGAAGGUGGCGCUGCCCCGGAUGUGCUUCGUGGAUCCGGUGCGGCAGUGCGCUCAGUGCAGCCUCGCCUCGCAGAAAGAGAUGGAGUUCUACGACAAGCAGCUCAAAGUGCUUCUGGGAGGCGGCUCCUUUGUCGCCACUUUGGGAACGUCGGAGAAAUCUGAAACCAUGAUGUGUCGCCUCUCCAACAACCACAGGUAUUUGUUCAUGGACGGCGAGAGUCACUUUGAGGUGGAGUUGUCUCGGAUCUCCAGCAUGCAGAUUCUGACAGACGGCGAGAGUCCAGGAGAGAGCGACAUUCACACGUACACCAGCCUGCCGGACACUCAGUAUCUCUCUGAAGGAGGGACGUCGCGGGCCAGUGGCAUGCUGCUCCACUACAAGCCGAUGGGCGCCCAGGAUGCACAGCAGCUGAAGGUGGAGGCUGCGGACGACAGGAAGGCGGCCGCGCUGUGGCUCGCUGCCAUGCACAAGGCGGCCAAACUGCUGUAUGAAGCUCGGGAUCAGUGACCUUCAGACUGACCUUCAUACUGACCUUCAGACUGACCCUUCACAACCAAGUGUUUGCCCCCGGCUCCCCGGGCUUUGGUAUCGUUUGGAUUUUUGCUAACGCCAUUUCUGAUUCUGCUCUUUCCGUCCGAUUCCUCAUCGGUUCCUGAUGCCAGUUCUUGUCGUGGUGAAUCUGCAAGAAAUGUUUGUAUGAAAAAAGAAAAACACUUUAUUACCUCUAUAACCAGAACUUUGUAUAUCAUGUUUACCACAAACACGAGGAUUGUUAUUCUUAUUUCUUCGAUGCAUUUUACAUCUCAGAGUUGGAUUUAAUACAUAAAUCAGGGCAUACUGUUCAUACUUAGAAAAGGAACAAACUGAUGCAGGAAAUACGCUCCCUAGUUUAAGUUGGCAACUGUUUUUUUUUUUUUUUUACUUUCUCAGAAUUAAGAGUUAUUUUGUUUAGCCACCUGAUCCUUAAAUACUGACAGUUAAGCUUUUACAUUAUAACACACAUGAAUACCUUUCAUAAAGUCAGAGAUGCAGUAAAACUUCCGAGGCACAGUGUUUGUUUCAAUAAUAACUUUCUAUGCUGCAGUUCAUUUGACUUUUGGGUUUUAAUUCCUGGAAGAAAUUAAGAUACACUUUAUAGAUUCUUGAAGGGAUCAUUUUUUUAAUUAUUUGAUUUUGCUGACCCUUCUUCCACAGAGGUCAGAUAAACAGCAACAAGUAGGGACCGAGUGUCUCAAAGGACCUUCAGCAGCUUGAAAACUUAAACAGAUCUUCCAGACAAAGCAUUGUCCGAGGCAGGUCAAAGGACAAAUCCACCUUUUUAAAACCCUUUAACGAAGAUAGAAAAGCACCCAUGUGUGAUGUGGGUUGCAUUUCAGAGCCCAAAGUUUCCCAUAUCCCCCCAAAAAGACCAGAUAGGGUGAGUUAUGAGAGUGAGUUAUGGGAAAUGUAGGAUUGUCUAACUGACGCAGAAACAUAAAGAAGCAUAUUGAGGAAACCUUAAUGAUAAAACUUCCUGAAAAGCAAAGAACAUCAGAGAUUUAUCCACAAUUUAAAGAGGCCCUAUUAUGCUCUUUGGGGUUUCCCUGUAGUGUGAUAUAUACUGUAGGUUUUGGCAUGUAAAUGGUUCUGCGAAGGCUAAAACCUCAAAGUUUUACACAUUGUACGUGGUUGGCUAAGGGGCGGGACAACAGAGCCGGCCAGCUGACCAAUCAGAGCAGACUGGGCUCUCGUUUCAGACAGCGAUAUGAGAAAAAUAAAGAGCUUUUUGAACAUUAAAGCAUGGAGACAUGUCGCAGUAGAGACACUAAAUACAAAUAUGAACCUGGAAAUGAGCGUAACAUGAACCCUUUAAUGAAAAUGUUGGAUUUUUCCUUUACGAGACCUGCUUCCAUUUAAAUUGACGUAUAAGUUCAGGUAACGUGUAUAUUAUUACGUUUCUCUAUGCUACAUAUAUUUGCAGAUUAAAAUCUUUAGGCAUCGCUGUCUAAGGAGAGACUAUUCACUGAUUCUAGUGAAGCAUAAACACACAGACGCUAUAGUUUCAUGUAUUGGAGUUUUGUAUGAGCUAUUUUGUUAACUACUUUAACACGAGGUGUGUACGUACUCGCAUCAUUUUUUUAAAUAGUAAUUCCCUUUGACCUUGCUCUAUACCAAGUCUGAUUUUAUUUUAUUUUUUUAUGGCUGUCAAAGCCACAACCUCGGGAUGUUUGAUCAACCAAAAGCUUCUUAGUCCUAGUUGAGUGUUUGUUUGCUUCCAAGGACAUAUUUAAAAAAAAAGAUGUAGUUGAAAGUGGUGAGAGAAUUUAGGCCAGUGCAAAACAAAAUGCCCAAAUCAACUUUUACUAUGUUAAUAUUUCUAGAACUUGGCCUAUUUUGUGCGUCUUGUGUGUUAUCACCACAUUUGACUCAGAGCUUUACACCCCUAUUUCUGAAAAAUGAAUACCGAGAAAUCUUUGAAGAUAUUAUUCUUCGAUUUUUCACGAAAUUAAACCCUGUAUUUGUUCCUGUUUUCUUAUCUGCAGCCACUCAGUUUAUUCAAAUGAUGUAAUUAACUCUGUAAAGUUUCCAUCAGUUGGUUUGUGUUGAAGCCCCUUAAUGCAGUGCUGGACUCCAGUUGGGAUUCACUGAGUCGAUGCAGCAGGUUUAUCUCAGUGUUCAAAAUGUUAAGAGGACUUUUCAUAAUGCUGCUGCUUCAACAUAAAAGCGUAUAAGAGGGAAACGUGGCCCUGUUGGGAGAUUAAAAUGGUAACACAUGAGAGACACAAACUACGGCUUCCUAAGUUAGAGGUCACCUUCAAACAAAACAAAGAAAUGCUGAAUGGACCAUUAUAUUGACAUUUCCUAACCCUAAUUGUCCCUGAUGCCAAUAUGUGAUGCUCUUUAGGUUUAAAAAACGAUACACAUUUUUGGUGUUAUGACAAAAUCAAGAAGUGUAACUCUAACACAUGUAAAUGAAAGAUUACCUUAGCUUGUGCAUGUGUUUGUGGAUUUAAGAGUGUGUUCUUUAUUGUAACUGAGUGUUAUGACACAAAGCUAAAAACUGGACCUUGAGAUAAGUAUUUUUUUGUCAAAACACUUCAAUUCACAAACACUUUAAAUCUGUCUAAACACCAGAAUAAACACUUGCAUUAUAAAUAUACGACUGCACAUCAGUUUUUAACACUGUGCUUUAUUAAUCUGAGAUUAAAUCAUAUAAAAUACUUAAAAUGUGCUGGUAUCUGAGUGUCUUCCCCGUUUUUCUCUAAUCAUAAAUCAACAAGUUAAAAGUUGUUUAACGGAGCACAUCAUUGGGUUUGUUGGCCUUUUUUCCCUUCAUGUCAUUGAUACCGAAUGAAAACAACAUUCUCCACCACCACGACUUUGUAACAUAAUGUUUAUUUUUAUACGCUGCUCACCUAAGAAAUUACAUCACUAGUUGUUGCUUAGUUUGAGGCUUUUUUUAGAGCAGAGAUUGAGGAACGUUUUGUGUGUUUGUUGUCGUUUGUGUCUUCCAUUGUAGAGCUGUUUGUUAUGAAGUACAUGAGAGGGCUGCACAGCCACACACUAAAAUGAUCAUAUCUAUUAUUUUCCAUCAUUGUUCAGCCUCUUUGAUUGACAACUUAAAUAAUUUCCUUGUUUAAUUUCCUCUGCACCCAGCCCUAAUAAGAUGCAUGAUCCCUUUAGGUUAAUUAUAAACAUCUAAAUCACAAUGGAAACCAUGUUGUGCUCAUUGGAAACUGAUUAUCUGGUAAUUCUGCAUGUUUUUUUACAACAGUUAUAAGUUACAAAAUCCCUUUCCUUCCAAGUUUGAUCAGAAAUACACAAACUUGCAAUGAAUUCCCGGAUUUCUGCAGAUACAUUUAAAAUAAAGUAUUUUGUUGCCCUUUAUUUAAAGCACAGUUGCCCGAAGAAGAUUGAGAUAUCUCAUGAUUGCUGAAAUGCAGAUAUUUAAUAGUUUAUAAGUCAAAUAAAAUAGAGUUAUCUGAUGAAAGUCAUAUAUGAUCAUCUUGUGCUUCUCUCUGUGCAGCCCUCUCACAGUGUUGGUUAAACAUGAAUGAAGUAUAUUUUUUUGAAUGCACUUUGUGUAACGUCACUACUUCAUACUCCUCAGCCAGUGUUUGUUCCUGCACUUUAAAGCCCAUCCUGAUUAUUACAGCCCUUUUUUAUCCCAGCGCUUCAUUUUAUUACGCUGAAAACGCUUUUAUUGGAUUAUUCUGUUGAGAAUAAAAUCAAGUGUUUAUACAUU